AAACAUCUCAUUUCUACUUAAACAAUUUAACAACUGCAACAACAAAGCAGUUAAAAUUCAAAUAAAAAGGCUAAUUAAAGUGGAAUAAAUAUGUUCUUUCUAGCUUUAAGGGAUUCUUAUUCCCCUCUUUCAAGGGCAUAAAUCCAAAUUAUAAAGCAUCUAAAGCUCCUUUUUUUUUAUACACUUUUGCUACAUUCUUCCCCUCCUCCUCCUCCUCCCUUAUUCUUCUGCUGUGACAUCUUGUUUUGACAAUGAAAAAUUGGGCAGCUCCGCUGAUAGCAUCCGCGCUAUUUGCGUUUCUGUCGCCAGGAUUGGUGUUUCAGAUGCCCGGCAGGGAACGUCCCUUCGAACUCAUGAACAUGAAAACGAGCAUCGCAUCGAUAUUGUUGCACGCCGUGAUCUAUGGUUUGCUCAUCAUUCUGUUUCUCGUUAUUCUUGACAUUCACAUCUAUGCUUAGGAUCCAAGAAAUGUUGUGGUUUUGGCACACCAGCUGAAGGGUGGAGUUAAUUCUGUAGUUUUACUUGCUUUUAUUUACUAUUUUCUAUUUACCAUUUUACCUUCCUGAAUUCUGCUAUGUGAAAUGAAGAACUCAUACCAAUCUUUCUA